UGCAAAACCUGAUAAAGCAACUGAGCUCAGCAUGGCAAACCUCGUGCAGGAGCUCAUGCUAGAGACGCCCCCGCGGGCAUGGUUUCUGUUCCUGCUCCCCCUCCUCCUCUUGUCUCUGCAUCACUGGUUCACCAGAAAGACAGGAUCAACAGGGCAGCGCCUCCCACCUUCGCCGCCGGCGCUGCCCAUAAUCGGGCACCUGCACCUCGUCGGCGCCCUCCCACACGUCUCCCUCCGUGACCUGGCCAGGAAGCACGGUCCGGACGUGAUGCUCCUCCGGCUGGGCGCCGUGCCCACCCUCGUCGUGUCCUCUCCGCGCGCCGCAGAGGCAGUGCUGCGCACGCACGACCACGUCCUGGCGUCGCGGCCACGCUCCGUUGUCUCCGACAUCAUCAUGUACGGCUCCUCUGACAUCGCCUUCGCGCCAUACGGCGAGUACUGGCGGCAGGCAAGGAAGCUUGUCACCACCCACAUGCUGAGUGUUAAGAAGGUGCAGUCUUUUCGCAGCGCCGGCGCGGAGGAGGUCAGCAUGUCGAUGGCCAAGAUCAACGAGGCAGCCACAGCUAGUGGUACAGUCGACAUGAGCGAGCUGCUCAACUCAUUCUCGAAUGACAUGGCGUGCCGUAUCGUGUCGGGCAAGUUCUUCCUGAAAGAUGGACGGAGCAAGUUGUUCCGGGAACUCAUCAACGACACCUCACGGCUUCUGGGCGGGUUCAACUUGGAGGAGUACUUCCCAGCAUUGGGUAGGGUAGGAGUGCUUAAGAGGGCGGUAUGUGCCAAGGCCGAAAGAGUGAGGAACAGAUGGGCUGAUCUGCUGGACAAGGUGAUCGACGAUCGUGUGAGCAAGCGUAAAUCAGCGUCUGAUCACAAGGAUGGCGACUUCGUAGAUAUUCUGUUGUCUGUUCAGCAAGAGUAUGAUCUCACAAGAGAGCACAUGAAAGCUCUCCUCACGGAUGUAUUUUUCGGUGCAACAGACACGUCAGCUAACGUCCUCGAAUUCACCUUGGCUGAGCUCAUGAGAAGGCCACACUUCAUGCGGAAGCUACAAGAUGAAGUAAGGAGUAUCAUACCCCGGGGACAAGAAAUUGUGAGCGAAGCUGAUAUGAACAACAUGGUGUACCUAAGAGCAGUAAUAAAAGAGUCUCUCAGGCUGUAUCCUGUUGCGCCUCUCCUUGCUCCGCACCUGGCCAUGGCUGACUGUACCAUCCAUGGAUACAUGGUUCCUGCUGGGACACGUGUCGUCGUCAAUGCAUGGGCCAUUGGGAGGGAUUCAAGCUCCUGGGAUGAUGCGGAAGAAUUCGUACCUGAAAGAUUUACAGAUGAAGGCAACGCUACGAAUGUUAACUUCAAAGGGAAUGAUUUCCAGUUCUUGCCGUUCGGGGCAGGACGAAGGAUAUGCCCUGGUAUAAACCUCGGAAUCGCAAAUGUUGAGCUUAUGUUAGCAAACCUCGUGAACCAUUUUGAUUGGGAACUUCCGGUUGGGGUUGAGAGAAAAGAUAUCGAUAUGACAGAGGUGUUCGGGCUAACCGUUCGUAGGAAGGAGAAACUAUUGUUGAUUCCAAAAUCACGCAUGUAAAAUAAAGCUAAGCUAAAUACUAUGUGUUAUCACUAUAACGGUUUUCUUGGGACGAAGGUGUUACCAGGUAUAAUGGCACCAAUAAAUAAUGGCCAAUACUUCCUUUUAUAGCAACAGUAUUGUUGUUUUGAAUGUUGACAAUCGUCAAGGCACAUACUAGGCUACUACUUUUAUCAUUAUAUACCUAUGAAAUAAAAGAGAAAAACCAUAAUGUCAGACUA